AAGAAAAAGAGAAUAAACUGGAGGCAGAAACGAAGGAAGCAUCUCAGGUUGCGACAAUGGCAUCGUCCCCUGCUGCGACCGCGACCGCGAAGCCGAUCGCUCUCCCGCCGGCGCCAAUCCGCGGCGGCGGCUGCUGUUUCUGGGCGGCCAGUCCGAGCCCCGUCGCGGCGGCGCGGCUCAGGGUCUCCGCCUCCGCCGCCUCGUCGGACGUGCCGGAUUUCCUCUCGUCCAAUUGGCUUGAAACACGAAAGAGAAAGCCCUUCGGUCCCAGGUUGAAUUUUAGUGCAGAAGAAGCAGUGGAAUACCAACUUGAGUCCUUAAAAUACAAUGAUCAACACCGCCAAGAUUAUGGGAUAGAGGUCAUGUACCGGUUUGCAGGCUUCGACCCCUUUGAAAGGUCGACUUACUUUGGACGGCAGUUUGAUCUUGGACAGUUUGAACGCUUCCGGCGCUUGUUUCACCAUUCAGCUUACAGAGUGCUGCUAGGCCACAAAGAAAGAAAGAUAUUAAGUAGCUUAUGGGUUGAAGAGAACCAAUUUAAACAAAGAGUUUGGGUACAAGGAGCCCGUCCGGAGGAAGAAGAAAUAUUUCAAUUUACAAUGGUUCAGAGAGUCGGAGGCUUAUGGGAUGGUUACUGGCUAACUGAGAGCUUAAUCAAUGAUGGAGAUGCAUUCUCAGGUGGUAUUGCUUACUGACGGCGUAAAUCAAUGUAAAUAUUGAUCCGGUAAAUGCAUAUAGCACUGUAAUUGUAAACCGUUGGCUCAGGGAUAGGUCUUUUUCUUCGUGGUUGAAGAUGCAGCAAGUGGCGUGAACAGUGCAUAGAAUUUGGCUUGGAUAAGAUAUGCCUUUCUGGAGAUCUUUGGCAAUGUAGAACACGCUACUAUUGUACAGAUGACAGAUAUAUCCCUCUCAUGGUUCCCACAAAUGGUCAAAUCUGCGUGCCUCUGAAGUCUGAA